GACAAACCGGUGUCUUGUUUAAACCAGUCAAAAGACGACGCCGCCGACUGCUUUUCCCCGAGUAUGCCUCACGGUCAUCGCAACAGAUCGGGUCACUACAGGUGGAAAAACCAUGGAGAUAACGAUCGGCGUGUCGAUACUACUGACGAUUAUUUACGACGACGCGAACAUGCAGGGAAGUUCAAUAGUGGUCGCAAGUCCAUAAUUUCUGGUAACAAUGUGGACAUGUUAAAACGUGCUAUGAAUAUGAAUCUUAUCGGUGGAUCGGCAACUUCUGUUGUCACUGCCCAAAAUAGUGGCUUAGCUCCUGGAGAAGUGUGGGUGAGAAUCACUAUUGUCCAUGGUGCCAAUCAUCCGAUGGUGGAUCUCCAACAGUUGGUCACCACCGUUGUUGGGACACAGCUACGUUUCUACAAUACAUGCGUUGAAGGUAGAAAUGCAUUGAUGCAUGCAAAAAUUAGACAAAAAGACAUUCAAAGUUGUCGCAAAUCACUCCAAAAUUUGCGCGAUCCAAGUCAGAAUUCACAGUUCAUUACUGACGUAACAAUUGUUCCCGAACCCAGAGUCCCUUCUUUAUCUGAUAAAAAAAAUGAAUCACCGAAUACCUCUCCUUUGCCAGAAACUUGGAUUGAAGCAUUAAAGCAGUGCUUUGUUCAACGUUAUCAGCCUACCACGCGUAGUUUGGACCUCUCUUCUCUGCACACAGAUCCAACUCUUUUAAGUCAGGGACUUUAUUUACCUCUUAACAAACAAGCUGUAGUUCAUACCCUUAUUACUAUCCUGAAACAAAAUCAAGCACAGCUUGCUGUUCUUAAUCUCUCGAACAAUCGACUUACUCAUUUGAAUGCUUUCUCUCCGUUAUCCUCAACGAGUGUUGGAGUUAUUCCAGUGUCCAUUGAACGUAUAGAUCUCAGUUCAAAUCCUCUAAGUAGCAUACCUGUCCUUUCUGGCCUUCGAGAUAUCGUUGGUUUGGUCGAAUUAGACCUUACAGAAACUCCUUUAUUGUCAAAAUUCAAUCCAAACGACAAAUCAUUUGCAGCUAAAUUACAUACUAUCUUACCAACGAUCAAACGUGUAAAUGGACAAGAAUUACCGCACACUGUGCAAUUUGCAAUUGAACAAGGUUUAGAUUCUUCUUCUAAACGGCCUCCAACAAAACCACUUCCACAGUCGAUUUUGGGUUUCUUUCCGAAUGAUGAAGUUAAAAUAGCUUUGUUGAGUUUUCUGAAACUGUACUUGAGUCGCUAUGAUUCUAAACCCCGAGGUGAAUGUUUGCUACCUUACUACACGACUGUUUCUCAACUGGUUUUUUCCGUGUCUCCCGAAAAUCGUUUUCCUAAUUCACAAAAUGUAUCAUUCACUGCACGCAUACAGGCAGAAAAUUGUUCUGAUCAACCGACUACAACGUAUCUUACCACUUCACGAUUGACUCAAGCUUACUUUUUACGAAGUCGUAAUCUUCUUCGCUGCCGAGACCAAAGCAGACGACGCGAUAUGGUUAUUCGCGGUAGUUUGGGUAUUGCCCAUUUUUUGGACGAGCUACCAGCUACGGAACAUCAACUAGAAUCUCUGUCUGUUGAUGUUGCUUUUCACUCAGGAACCCAAAUGUUAUUUACAAUGGGCGGUGUCUUUUACGAGGUUUCUCCGAUGGGUUCAAAUUCCAGCAACUCAAGUUCACAGGAAAAAUCUGUUCGCAAAGUCCUUCGAUGUUUUACUCGAACUAUGAUACUGAUUGCUCCAGGUGGUCAUAUAGUGCAAGAUGAUUAUAUUGUGUCUAAUCCAAGUACUUCCUUGUGUAAGAAAUACAUUACUGAAAUGGCUACAAGAUACAAGCAAAGCAAUCAAACCCCGAACCAACAGCAGAAUGUUCCUAGCGUUGAUCUUUCUACGCCUGAAGUAAAAGAAAGUAUAGUAAUUGAAUUUAGUCGGCGCACUGGUAUGAACGUUGCUUUCUCGAAACAAUGUCUAGAAGAGUAUGAAUGGAAUGCCAACGCUGCACUGAGCGCUUUCGAAACUAUGAAUUCAGCUGGUAAAAUUCCACCUGAAGCGUUUUCUACAUAAUCUUUGAACCAACAUUGUGAAAUCUCAAUUUAUGCAGUGUAUGUACGUUUGUGUGUAUCUAGAUGUAUUCAUAUUUUCUGACGUGUUACGAUUCGUCAUUGGUUGGGUUACUCGUGGAACAUUUCCCAUCAUGUUUUUUAUUCUCGCUGAGUGACUGAUUGUCAGAAUGUUAGUUGUUGUUUGGCUAGAAAAGUUUGUUUGUAUGUGUGUGCUUCGCUCGUUCUCCAGGCCCAAAAAAAUUCUGUUGGGAAAAUAAUCUCUCACUUUAAAAAUGUUAAAAAAUAUCACGAGGUUAAAAAGAAUAUACUGCUGUAAAUACAGCGCUGAACCCGGCAGUGAUAAAAAAAAAUCUAAAAAAUUGGGUCACACGGUGAACUAGAGCUAUGUUUGUUUCUUGUUGUUGUGGUCAAAUAUACACUAACUUUUGAUGUAUUAGUUAUUUAGCAAGAAUAAAAAUAUGAUGGUUAAAUGUUCCAACGUAAUUGAACUGUUGGCUGAUUGCUACACUGUUAGAAUAUUGAGGUGCAUCAGAUAACACUUGCGUGCAUGACAUUGCAGAAAUUAGACUUCAUAAUUUUUAUUUCUUCAAGUGUUUGUAAUUUCCUACUUACAUCUCUACAUCUCUAUGACUAUGCAUUAACUCUCGACUCAUUGACUUUAACGCUCCAACUUUUGUUGUACAGUUUAUGUUCCAAACGUUAAAGCAAUAAAAAAUAAAUUGUAAU